CAGUGGGCAGAGAAAUAUCAUCCUGCGCAGAUGUUAUUCUGUGCACAACGUUGGGCCAUUUGACGUUUUUGAAGGAUAACGAUUGACCACUUUUUUUCCUGAAUAUGUAAAUGGUAAAGCUGAGUUUUUGGAUGCUGGAAAACAAAGGGAGUAAAACUACAGCUGUUUAAGGAGUAUUUUCUCUUUUACCUGGUUAUUGCUUUUGUGAUGAAAGAAAUGAAAGAAAAAAAAAACGAACUCACUGUAAGUCGCUCUGGAUAAGAGCGUCUGCUAAAUGACUAAAAUGUAAAAUGUGAUCAACUAACUAACAUUGAGAUGAUUUGUAUGUUAGAUUGUUCAUAUGACAUUAUUUUCCCCAGUGGGAAAAAAUGAAGGCUACUUCAUCAUGGGAUGCUUCAUUAACAAAUGUGUCAUAAUAGUGGAUCAGUUGUGGCUCUUCGAACAAGGACUCUUCUUAUAUGGACACACGCUUCAUCCUUAUGGGUUGUGAUAACUUGACCAACAGCAACGGGACUUUGCCUGCUAGGCUCCCUUACACUGUGCAGACUUCUGUGCCUCUGACAAUACUGGUGGGUAUCCUUAUUCUACUCACAGUGUUCGGCAAUGUCCUAGUGGUCAUCACUGUGUUCACCAGCCGGGCCCUAAGAGCCCCUCAGAACUUGUUUUUGGUGUCCUUAGCAUGUGCAGACAUUCUAGUGGCCACUCUGGUGAUGCCCUUUUCUCUGGCUAAUGAACUGAUGGGAUAUUGGUACUUUGGUCAAGUGUGGUGUGAGAUCUACCUGGCCCUGGAUGUUCUGUUCUGCACCUCAUCCAUCACACAUCUGUGUGCCAUAAGUCUGGACAGAUACUGGUCGGUCACUCAAGCCAUUAAGUACAACUCGAAAAGGACACCACGCAGGAUCAAAUGUAUAGUGUUAUUCGUGUGGGUGCUGGCUGCCAUUAUAUCAUUCCCACCUCUCAUUUCAAUGGAGAAGGAAGGGGCCAAAGAGGAGGGUCCCACAUGUAAGAUCAAUGAGGAGAAGUGGUACAUCAUAUUCUCCAGCACCGCCUCAUUCUUCGCCCCCUGUGUGAUCAUGAUUCUGGUGUACAUUCGAAUUUACCAGGUUGCCAAGAAGAGAACCAGGGCCCCUCCGGGUGAGAGGAGAAGGGAAAACGAUAAUCCAGAUAAAAGUCAGUAUGGCUUAGUUCAGCAGGACCCUUUGGAGAGAGGGAACAAAGAAAGAGGGAGAGGUGGAGUAGAGGAGGGCGAGGAGGUCAAUGGACUAAAUGUGGAGGAAGAGUGCUCCUCGUCUGAUGGGAAUGAGAACCAGUGCUCCAUCAAAAUGAAACGGAGCAAGGGAAAUACCAAAGUGAGUCAGGUGAAACCAGGAGACCCAUCUCCUAAAGGUGAUGAUGCACAGCAGUGUGUGAAAGUGAGCCGAUGGAAAGGAAGGCAGAACAGAGAGAAGCGCUUCACCUUUGUUCUGGCUGUGGUCAUGGGAGUGUUUGUUGUCUGCUGGUUCCCCUUCUUCUUCACGUACACACUCACCGCCAUAUGUGACUCUUGCUGUGUCCCUGAGACAUUGUUCAAUUUCUUCUUCUGGUUCGGAUACUGCAAUAGCUCACUGAAUCCAGUCAUAUACACUAUAUUCAACAAUGACUUCAGGAGGUCUUUCAAAAAUAUCCUUUGCAAAAGGGAUCGACGAGGGCUAUGAAUAAGCUUUUUUUGGACUAGCUACUGUUUCCUGUUGGAGUCUUAUGGAAAGAAAAUGUACCUAUUGGGAAAGACUUGUUCCACAUUCAGUUCUGUCCCACUGAGCACACACUGGUUGAAUCAAUGUUGUUUCCAUGUCAUUUCAAUGAAAUUACGAUGAACCAAUUUUGAAUAGAUGUUAAAUUGACGGUUGUGCCCAGUGGGGUGUGCUUAAAGUAAAUGGAAAAACUGCAAGUAAAUUGUGAUCAAUUUUGUAAUGCAUCUGUUACUGUUUUUAUGUGUGUGUCAAUGUACAAUAGUUUUGAGUUCAUUACAAUCUUUAAUCCCACUACAUACAUUUAGAUGUAUUUGACUUUAAAACUAAUGAAUGCAAUGUGGUUUAUUAAUUAAUGCAUGUUGUGAGGGA